AAAUCGUCAUCCGAGCAUGUCGUAUAUUCGAAAUUUGCUGGACUCGCCAAACGGCUGGACUCAACUAAAUCGAAAUAUCAAUGAAAUGAGGGGACUGAAUAGCUGCUUUUAUUUCUUUGACUUGAAAACGGGCUGCAAGUUGAUAGCCGUAUUUGAAGCUCUGGUCAAUGUUCUGCAAAUGUGCAGCAUUUACAAGGCGGAGAUGGAAAUGGAAGUGGGAUUAGGGUCCACCACAACGGAGUCGCUGGAUUCGCUAAUGGUCACUAGGGAACCUGAUGGGGACAUGCUCGGACCCAACACGACAAUGCCUAUAUUUGAAACAAAUCCUUAUUUUAGCAAGGCCUUACACUCCUUGACUGUGCUCAGGUCCCUACUGCUCAUUGUGGGUGCCGAAUGGAGUCACAUAUCCUGUCUAGUCCUGUGGAUUUGCAUUACAGUUAUAACCGUGAUGAUAAGCACUUUAAUUGAUAUUACGCAAGAAACCACAGACCUGCAGAAAGUCUUCGUUUGUACACUUUCAAUUUUUCUUGAAAUCUAUUUCUGCGCAGUGGUUUCCUCCUUAAUUUUGAAAUUGCAGGAAAAACUUCGUCGCUGUGUUCAGGAAACGGAAGUGCUUUUUACACAAAGCGAGGAAGCUUAAUUAUAUGCAAGAUAAUUUAAUGGUACCUCCCCAUAUGUAUAUUUCAAAUAUAUCAAGGUCCUACUUGUAAAAGUAUUUGCGUGUACUAUUUUUAAAAGCAAGUACUCUUAAUGAAACAGAAUAAAUUUCUAUUGCUAGCACAAGACCAUAAUAAUAAAAGCUGGCAAUCCAAUUGGUUUUUAGCUUAA